AUGGUUUCACGAGUUCUCAUCCUCCUCCUCCUCUGUCUCGGCGCUGUCUGCCCUGCCAACGGGUCUCCCGCUCGUCCUCCUGGCCCGCCGUGGCGCCACCACAUCUUCCUCAGCCACCGGGGUCCCGACGGCCGCCACAAGUUCACCGACCACCUCGACGCCGCCCUCCGCCGCAGCAAACGAAUCAACGUCUUCCGCGACGACCACGACCUCCCCCGCGGCGAGAACGUCACGGAGGCCAUCUCACGCGCCAUCGAGGGGUCCAUGCUGUCCAUCGUCGUGCUGUCCGGAGGCUACGCCUCGUCGGAGUACUGCCUCGACGAGCUGGUCAAGAUCAUGCGGUGCAGGGAGGAGAACGGCCACCAGGCUUUCCCCGUGUUCUACAGAGUCUCCCCGGACGACGACGUGGCCGAUCCGGCGUCGUCUGGGGUUUACAAGGCCGACUUGGACCGCCACAAGAGGAAGUACAGCUACGAGAGGGUGAAUGGCUGGAUCCACGCUCUCCGCUCCAUUUCCCAUAUCUCGGGAUGGGUUAUCACCGAUCACACGUAA